AUGGUCCAAAUCCUAAAACUUAAAAACUUCACAACUGCUGCAAGAAUUAAACUACCAAUAAACAACUACACAACAAUCCAUCCUAUAAGAUGCUUAGCCCUAAGUGCUACAAACAACUCUUUUAGAUUGAUUAAUAAAGAGUCUCAAAUCCCUCAAGAUCAAUCAACUUCAUCAACUUCGUUUGAUCGUCCAACUGUUUAUUCUGAUGGUGAAGUGGAAACUGCAGGUCCAGUUAUUUUAAGACGAACUAGAUACGAUUAG